AUGUCAAUUCCAGGCUUGGGCCAGAUUCCCACACAGCCCACCACAACUUCAACCACCCGCGUCGUCACCCUCCGACCCGCAUGCGAAUGGCGCUUCCAAACCUCCCUCGCCUCCCCCGUAGUCGUCAAGCUCCUCUCCGGCACAGCUGAAAAAGAUGGCGUCGAACUAGGUCCUAAGAACGCCUACACCUUCGCGGGCGUCAAGUCGAAGAUCCUCACCUGGCACGGUUGCGAGUUCGAAGUCGAUGGACACUGCGACGUCGAGUCUGUGGCCGAAUAUGCGAACCCGACGGAUAACCCUGCCAAUGCGCACAUGAACCUCCAUGGACAGCUUAAUGAUAUGCGACAGAAGGCGGAGCGAGAGGGCAAGGAGGGUCCGAGAGUGCUUAUCGUUGGACCUGCGGAUGUGGGAAAAACGACGGUCGCGCGGACGUUGGCGAGUUAUGCGACGAGAAUGGGAUACCAACCUUUAGUGGUCAACACGAAUCCGAGGGAAGGACUGCUCAGUUUGCCUGGUACGUUGAGUGCCAGUGUUCUCGCGACUAUCAUGGAUCCUGAAGCUGUGGAUGGCUGGGGAAGUACGCAUACCAGCGGGCCGAGCAGUGUGCCCGUGAAGCUACCUCUGGUGUUCUACUACGGCAAGGCUUCACCUGACGAAGAUCCGGAUUUCUAUCGCGAACUUACGAGUAAGCUUGCUGGAAGCGUGAGUGCCCGCUUGAGCGAGGACCCCGACGUCAAGAGCUCGGGUGUUAUCAUUGAUGGCAUGGGUCUUCCUGAGCAGAGCAAGGACGGAUACGAGCUCGUAGCACACAUCGUCGACGAAUUUUCAGUCAAUGUCAUCAUCGUGGUUGGCUCCCCAGGCAUCACCGCCGAGCUAUCCAGAAAAUUCAGCACCGAGCGAACAAGUCUCGGCGAACCCAUUAGCGUCGUCCCCAUUGACAAGUCCGACGGUGUAGUCGUCCGCGACGAAGCAUUCCUCCAGCACGUUAGAGAAGCUGCCAUCAAGGAAUACUUCUUCGGUGAUACCAAGCGAACCCUCAGCCCCCUGAUCCAACAAGUCGACUUUGACAACGUUACAGUCUACCACACUCCCGACGAAAACCCUCAAAGUAUUGCCAAGGAAGAUCCCUCUACGCCAAUGCAGCACUGGACGCUCGCUGUCAUGCACGCUGCGCCUAAGGAUGCGCCUGAUGUUGUCCGAGCUGCGAGUGUGAUGGGCUUUCUGUAUGUUUCGGAUGUGGAUGAGGAGAGACGUAAGAUCAAGUUGCUCGCCCCGGUUAGUGGACGGUUGGGUGAUCAGCCGCUUGUGUGGGGGAAGUGGCCGGAGCCGUUCAUCAAUCUCCUCGGAUAA